AUGUCAGAAGGGCUACUGGUGACAGGAAAAGGUUCUAAAGAAUUAGCUGGUGGAAAGAGACUGCACGUAAUUGUCGCUAUAGCUUACAGAAAAGGUGUGGCUCUCAAAGUUCCCUAUGAGAAAAUGAAUGGCAAUUUCUUUGCGGAGUUCAUUGGAAAGCAUUUUAAUACUUGUUUUGCAAAGUGCGGACGUAAAAAGAACGGUCGACGCCUGUUUCUCAUGGAUAAUGACCCAUCACAAAUGAGUAAAGCAGCGCGAAAAGCAAUGGGAAAAGUUGAGGCUGAAUUUCACAAGAUUCCGGCUAGAUCGCCUGACCUGAAUCCAAUUGAAAAUGUCUUUCACUUGGUAAAGAAAAGUCUUGAGAAUGAAGCAAUUGCUAAUAAUAUAACGUAG